AUGUUCAAAUAUUGUUUUAUUUCAGAUCCAGUGACUCUUAGAUUGAGUACUGAACGAGGACCUGUCGAGGGAAGGGUGGAGGUUUACCAUAGUGGAGAGUGGGGAAACGUUUGUGAUGAUAAUUUUGGUGUUCCGGAUGCUACUGUUGUUUGCCGACAACUUGGAUACCUUGAUCCUAAGAGUUGGUUUAUAAACAAAGGGAAGUUUUGGUUGGAUGGACUAGCAUGUCGAGGUACUGAGUCAAAAGUUCAAGAUUGCACGCACCUACAAUGGGGUUCUAACAAUUGUCAACUUAGUGAACAGGUCGGAGUUGAUUGUAGUGAGUAA